AUGGAGAGCUUCUUCAACUAUUACAAUCAGCAAGCCCCUUCUUCCUCCUCUUCCUCCCCACCACCACUUCAAAACCACCAUCUCCUCCACAAGGAGAGAAAGAAGGCAAUCGCCGUUCCAGCUCCGAAGCGUGGAGGUGGGAGCGGCGGUGGAACGAAGCUAUCGACAGACCCGCAGAGCGUGGCGGCGAGAGAACGGCGUCAUCGGAUAAGCGACCGGUUCCGGAUUCUUAAGAGCUUGGUUCCAGGAGGGAGCAAGAUGGAUACAGUCUCCAUGCUUGAGGAAGCUAUCCACUAUGUUAAGUUCCUUAAGGCUCAGAUAUGGCUUCAUCAAGCAACUAUGAUGCUUCAUGGUCAUGAGGAGUCUUCUCCUUUGGCUUUGACUUCUAACUCCAAUGCUAUGACUGCAUCUCCUUCUUUUCCUCAGGUGAUUUUAAAUGAUUCCAUGGUGGAUUCAGUAAUGCCUGCUGUUCCAAAUUUUGUGAAUGGUAGUUUCCAAGGUGAACAACAGAUGGCUACUGAUCAUUAUGGUUUCAACUAUUAG